UACACAGAUAAAGACAAUGGAGGAAUGCUUGUAUGGUCUCCAUAUCACAGUAUUCCAGAUACCAAAUGUAGUGGGUUGAUCAUUCCAAUUUGUGUCAGGCCCAGGAAGACAGAGGAAACCUAGGAUCUGAUGGCAUUGCUGCUUAAAUCCUCAAGCAGGGGAGGGAGUUACUAUGUAGACAUCUGCACAGGCUUUUCCUCAGUGUAUGGAGAUGUAAAGAAAUGCCUUCAAACUUCAAAGAGCCCACUAUCAUUACCAUUUUAAAGAGGAAAGGGGAAAGAACUGACUUCAGCAGCCAUCAAUCAGGUCAUCUUUGUGCUCUCCAUUUCUGGACGGAGACCUUCUGGAUCAUUGACCAUGCACUUCUUGAAUCAUGGUGUGGCUUUAGACUUCAAUGUGAUGUAGCGGACCUGAUCCUUUGCGGCACAUCAGAUAUAGGAAACGUGCAGUGGAUGAAUAUAUUGCAAUUGCAAAGGAGAAACAUGGCUACAAUGUGGAACAGGCACUUGGCAUGUUGUUCUGGCAUAAACAUAACAUUGAGAAGUCCCUUGCUGAUCUCCCUAAUUUUACUCCCUUUCCGGAUGAGUGGACAGUGGAAGAUAAAGUCCUAUUUGAACAAGCCUUUAGUUUUCAUGGGAAGAGCUUUCACAGGAUUCAACAAAUGCUUCCAGAUAAGACUAUUGCUAGCCUUGUAAAAUAUUACUAUUCCUGGAAAAAAACUCGAUCUAGGACAAGCUUGAUGGAUCGCCAGGCUCGGAAACUAGCCAAUAGACAUAAUCAGGGUGACAGUGACGAUGAUGUGGAAGAAACACACCCGAUGGAUGGAAACGAUAGUGACUAUGAUCCCAAAAAGGAAGCCAAGAAAGAGGGUAAUACUGAACAACCUGUCCAAACUAGCAAGAUUGGACUUGGAAGGAGAGAGUACCAGAGUUUACAACAUCGCCACCAUUCCCAGCGUUCUAAGUGCCGUCCACCUAAGGGCAUGUAUUUAACCCAGGAAGAUGUGGUAGCUGUUUCCUGUAGUCCCAAUGCAGCCAACACCAUCCUGAGGCAACUGGACAUGGAGUUGAUCUCAUUAAAACGUCAGGUUCAGAAUGCUAAGCAAGUAAACAGUGCACUUAAACAGAAAAUGGAAGGGGGAAUUGACGAAUUCAAACCUCCUGAGUCAAAUCAGAAAAUUAAUGCCCGUUGGACCACAGAGGAGCAGCUUCUAGCAGUGCAAGGUGUCCGCAAAUAUGGUAAAGAUUUUCAAGCUAUUGCAGAUGUAAUUGGCAACAAGACUGUUGGCCAAGUGAAGAACUUCUUUGUAAACUACAGGCGUCGGUUUAACUUAGAGGAGGUAUUGCAGGAGUGGGAAGCAGAACAAGGAACCCAGGCUUCUAAUGGUGAUGCUUCUGCUUUAGGGGAGGAGACAAAAAGUGCUUCUCAUGUGCCAUCAGGGAAGAGCACUGAUGAAGAAGAGGAGGUGUGUUUGUGUAUGGAACUUGAGCUGCUAUGAGUCACGGAGUCACCGUCUUGGGUGGUGGCCUGUAAAGUGAAUUUGUCAGAGGACUAGCCGAAUGAGCGCAGAGGCUGGCAAUACACUCGCGCAGCGCGCUCGGGACCCCAAGUCGGUGACGCGCUGAGUCUGACCCUAGCGGAACGGACGGUGUAUUGCUCCUUCAUAGUCUUAUUUUUAUUUCCAGUGUUAAGCUGUUUACUAAUAAUGAUGCCUGUUUGGUAGCUUCGUUGCUUUUUCAGUUUUGGGUUUUUUUGUUUUGUUUUGUUUAAAAUAAAAGAAGCUUGUGCUUCCCCAAAA